AUGUCAACCAACCGCCUACUAGCUCGAUCAUUCACUCCCUCUUUCAGGUCCGCAACCCUCGGCGCCCGAUCUGCCGCCUUCCAAAUCAGCCCUGUCGUCGGAAACCGCUAUGCGUCAUCCGCAUCACCAAACUCAUUCCCACAGCUUCCUCCAGGAUUCGAAAAGCUUGCCCACUCACCUUCGGCUCUGUCAGCUAUCUCCAACUUGCUCGAAGUGAUGAAGCAAAAUGGGGUUGAUCUGCACACAGGCGAGAAGCCCUCGAUGUGGCAAAUGGUCAAGCUUGCCAAAAAUCAGGAGGUUCGUGAUGCUAUAACCAAAGCGAUGGAAGAACUGAAGAACGCGGGUGUAGAUGUCUCGCCAGCAAGGCUGCAGGCUAUCAUGAACAGUCAGAAGGACUUGUUCAAGGGCGAAGGCGGCGAGGGAGAAGGUGGAAAGAAAGAGUGA